CUUCUGAGAACCAUUUGGCCUUGAUCUUCUGAGCCUGGGACCCAACCCAGAGGAGGAUACUGCUCUGGUCCUGCCUGUUCCUGAGUGCACCCGAGCACCCCUCCGGCUCCUGCCGGCCUUGGCGUCCUCGGGGCGCCCCAGCCCAGAUGCCCGCGCCUGGCCGGGGCCCCCGAGGGCCACCGCUGAGCAUGCCCGGGCGCCGGGGGGCGCUGCACGAGUCAGCCAACUUUGGCUUCAGCUUGGGGGCGGCGCUGGCCCUGUUGUUGCUGCUGCUACCGGUCUGCUGCCCGGUGACGGCUCAGAAUGACACGGAGCCGAUCGUGCUAGAGGGCAAGUGCCUGGUGGUGUGCGACUCCAGUCCAUCCGGGGACGGUGCCGUCACCUCUUCCCUGGGCAUUUCUGUGCGCUCAGGCAGUGCCAAGGUGGCCUUCUCCGCUACUAGGAGCACCAACCAUGAGCCCUCAGAGAUGAGCAACCGUACCAUGACCAUCUACUUCGACCAGGUUUUAGUAAACAUCGGCAACCACUUUGACCUUGCCUCCAGUAUAUUUGUAGCACCACGAAAGGGGAUCUAUAGCUUCAGCUUCCAUGUGGUUAAAGUGUACAACAGGCAAACAAUCCAGGUCAGUUUGAUGCAGAAUGGCUACCCAGUGAUCUCUGCGUUCGCAGGAGACCAGGAUGUUACCAGGGAAGCAGCCAGCAACGGUGUUCUGUUGCUCAUGGAACGAGAAGACAAAGUUCAUCUCAAACUGGAGAGAGGGAACCUCAUGGGAGGCUGGAAGUACUCCACAUUCUCGGGCUUCUUGGUUUUUCCUCUAUAGACAUGGAGCCACCUUGACAGUGGGAAGGUUUGGAUCAGGACCCAGGGAUCCGCCCUCUGUAACACCUCGAACUUGUCUGAAUAGGAUGGCUUGGGCUGACCUCCAUCAGAUUGUUGCCAUAGAAGGAUGAUUUUCUCCUAAAGCUCCGGUAUUUACUUUGACGAUUGACAAUUCCUCGGGAACCUGGCCUCUAAUUAGUUUUAGAUGACAAGGUCUUAAGGAGAAAUGAAAUUAUGGAUUUGAGCAAUUUGUACCUGUGAUUGUGAAGUGGAUAUCGGAUUUUAUUGUUGGAACCGUUUGACUUACCUUCUAUUGUUUGUACAUUGUAUCCUUGUCCUGAUGACAUAGAUGCUGCUGAUCCUGUGACAGAUUGCACGCUGCAGUCAGGGCUUAAAGCAAGAGCCCAGCAAAGAACCGCCUACCGGACAGUCCUUGACUUGUGUUCUGUGUGUGUGUAUAGCCUUAAGAAAAAGAAUGGCUUCAUUUUCAUUCUGUAGCUUACCCCUGGGGUCUUGGGAGGAUUGGGAGGGAGCUGGGCAUUUUGGGGACCUGUCAAAAAAGUGCUUUAUCCUGAGAAGCAAAUUUUGCACGAUUGGACUGCAACUUUUGUUUUGUAUUGUCCGUGGUUUUCUCCUCCCCCCCAACCCCCACCGGACACUUUCUUUUCCUUCCUCAGGUUUCACUCCUCAAACCUAUUUAGUUUUCAUGCUGGGGUCCUGGAGAGUGAGAGAGAGAGACAGACAGAGAGAGAGGGAGAGAGAGAGAGAAACAACUUAUGUUCAGUACUUGUAAGAGAUCAAAGAGAACAAAAUGAAAUCUGCAUAUUUUCUUUUGAAUGAGAGGAAACCAGGAACAAACAAACAACAAGGACAGCAAGCAGACCAUCCUGCAUAUUCUUCCCUGAAGUCUCUCUCGAAUGCAUCUUCAAACUUGCAACCUGGAUUUUAUUUAUUUAUUUUUAAAUUUAUACUCUGGGAUCCUUUAAGAGCCUGGCAUUCUUCAUUGGCCACACAACCCUUAAAAGUGGAGCUGAGGUGGCUAAACACCUCUUGAUGUGUCUCAGUGGUGAGUUAGAGCUGCCUCUGAGUGACCACACAAUGACCAGAUGCUUCAGAGAAACAGGACCAGCACCUCCUCAGAUCUUCCUUUGAUCUGUCAAGGAGAGGGAUGUGUUGAUGCUCUGUGGAUGAACACCUGGCCAGAAGCCACCUGGACUGGAAGUCACAGCAGUUCAAGGUACUGGCUGCUGUACUCCAUCAGUGGCUUUUUUUUUCAAACCCUACUUGUUUUGGCAUCUUGUGCAACAACAAUAUCCAGUUGCAGCGGAGAGAACCUGCACAGUCUGUGUGCGCCAAGGAAAUGUCACGAAUCCCAAAGCAAUCAAAGAUGAGACCUCAAACUGGAUGUCAAUCUGUCCUUUGUGUAACAAUGUAACCAAAAUAUUGACCAUAAAACUCAUAAUUUAAGAUUCAGAAUAAACGAGUUUGAUGUC